GUAAUUCUGAACAGACUGCGCUUUAUUACAAUGACGGCCUGGCAAGAGGCAAAAGGGCUUUAGGAUGAAAGUUGUGAAGCGUCUUUGUCUUCUGCUGAGCUGCUGGACUCUCAUUUACCUGCACCCCGUCCUCGGUUCACUCAGCCGGGCCAGACUGACCGAGCAGCACCACCACCACCACCACCACCACCACCGCCGGCUCGGAGAGGCAGCGGAGCGAGAGGCGGGCGGCGGGGACGCAGAGCCAGCCCGCGGAGGAACCGGCGGAGGCAUCGGCGGCUCCACACCGGCGGCAGACAGACAGCCGGGGAAAGCCUCGCCGGUGAGUGCGGAGCGGAUUACGCGUAUCCGUGCGGGUCCGCCGUUAAUCAGCGGCGAAACGACCGUGGUCAAAAGCACAGUCGCUUCGCUGACACCUGCGUCCUCGCCGGCGAGCCGCGCGCAGCUGCAGCUGCAGCACCGGGACAGAGCGCUCGGCCUGGGGCGCAAGGAGGCUGUGCGCUCCUGGCUGCCCGGCGGGGACGCUCACAUCAAAGCGCACGCUCCCGCGGCUUUUAGCGCACAUGCAGCUCUGAGAGGAGUCAGGACCGCGGCUGCUGGGGGAGGAGGAGGCGGUGGCUCGCCGGGAAGAAAUUUGGGUGCAGCGAGAGCAGCUGCUCCAGUGCGCGGCGGGCCUCCCCACAGAGCCAGCUCCGUGCAGCAGCAGCAGCAGAACGCGGCUCCGGUGGCGCAGCGGGGAGCCAGCUACAGGGCCCUGAAGCCGAGCGACCGGGAGGCGCAUCACAAGCAGCCGCUGGUGAUUCCUCACGACUACAUGCUGUCGCUGUACUGGUCUCUGUCCACCGGGGACCUGAACAGCAGCGCUCUGCACGAAGCGGGUCUGGCCAACACCAUCACCAGCUUCGUGGAUAAAGGUCAAGAUGAGCGCGGGCCCCAGCUGAGACGACAGAGGUAUCACUUCAACGUCAGUUCUCUAGAACGAGACGGGCUCCUGGGGGCCGAGCUACGCAUCCUGAGGAAGCGUGCGUCUGAUCCCCGCAAAGCCUCGAUGGGAUCCACAGUCGCUGACGGAGGCAGAGGAGGAGAAGGGGGUGGGGGAGGCUCGUCCCCGUGCCUGAAGCUGUACACCUGCGCCUCAGGUAAACAAAAGACUGUUCUGCUCCAGACGAAGACAAUCGAGGAUCUGGCCAGCGGGUUCGGCAGCAAAUGGGAAGUGUUUGACAUAUGGAAACUCUUCAAGGGUUUCAAAAACCAGCAGCACCACCACUCCCAGCAGCUGUGCUUUGAACUGGAGGCCCUGGAGCACAGAGGCGGUCGGCCCAUGGACCUGCGCGCUCUGGGGUUCGCCCGGCCCGGCAGGACCAACAAGGAAAAGGCCUUCUUCUUGGCGUUUGGCAAAAGCAAGAAGCGCGACCUUUUCUACAACGAGAUCAAAGCGCGGUCAGGCCAUGACAACAAAACCGUCUACGAAUACCUCUUCACCCAGAGACGAAUGCGCCGCGCUCCUGCCGCAAGGGGGGCUAAAAAAGCUCUGCAGCAGCCGCAGUCCCUCCCCCAACUCCAGGCAGUGAAGACGAGGCCACGCUGCAAUCGAAAACACCUCCACGUGAACUUCAAGGAGAUGGGCUGGGACGACUGGAUCAUUGCGCCGCUGGAGUACAAUGCGUAUCACUGCGACGGCGCCUGCGACUUCCCCAUCCGCUCGCACCUCGAGCCGACCAACCACGCCAUCAUACAGACACUGAUCAACUCCAUGGACCCGGAGUCGGCGCCGCCCACCUGCUGCGUCCCAACGAGACUCACCCCAAUCAGUAUACUCUACAUCGACUCGUCCAAUAAUGUCGUCUACAAGCAGUAUGAAGACAUGGUGGUGGAGGCGUGUGGUUGCAGGUAGCAAAGAAAGGUGAGAGGAAAAGGGAGCGAGAGACAGUUCCUGCCCUUCACUUUGAGGAAAGACAGAUUUGUUUGUUAACAUUAUGAUCAAACCCAAAACUGUAAGAUCAACACUGAGCAGAAGAGUUGUUAUUUCAGCUGACUGUGACCGAACUCACUGCUAUGCAACAGACAUUAUUCUUCACACUCAAGUGGACUAUCAGACUGCAUACCAAAGACUGUUAGACACUGUCUGUUAAAGACUAAACAGAGAAAGAUAAACUCAUGGAGGUGAUGCUCUUUAACACCCACUCACUAAAACAUGUGUGUAAUGUUGAUGUUGGUGGUGAUGAGCAAGAUGCAUCUGAGAGAAGCCAAAGACAACCGGAUAAAAGAGAUGAAAAGAUGAAAAGCUCUGAUUAAAACAGUCGGCUCUCAUAUUGGGCUCCACAGAGUUUCGCUGCCCAUUCUGGGUUUUUUUUUCCUCUUCAGACUUGUAUCUACUGUAUGUCCUGAUCGGUGUAAAGAGUUUGUGUGUAACAGAAAUGCUAUUGAAACAUUAGUGACUUAUACUCAAAAAUGCCCUUUUCCAGCACUUAACUGCCAUCGUGCCUGUGCCCAUUCGCCUGUACGAUGAGAAGUCCUCUGUAUGCCUUAUCCGAGACCUUUUUGUAAAGCAUGUGAAGAAUUUCUGAUGUAUAAAUACCGGCCAGUGAUGAAGUGCUGAUCUGA